GACCACUUGUUGCCCUCGAAAUCAAUUGCAAUCUUUGUAUGACUUUGAGAGCUGUGCAAUUUAAAAAUUUUAAACUUUAACUCCAACCAAAAUGCAGUUAGAGAAUUGUGGUUGAUAUGUGUUCUUGAAUUUAAUGCGUACAGGUGAGUUAGAUGUAGUGUUCUUGCUCAAAAAUUAUAUAAUAUCAAGGGGUUUGUUCCAAAGGUAGACAAUCAUUUUUUUUCUUGCCAUGGACUAUAUUCACGCUCCAACUUCCAGCUUCUCGUCAUCCACCAGGAAAGUAGGUGAUGAUUCUUCUAUCGAUCUCAACCUAGAACAAAUGGCCGCAAUAUCUAAGAUUGUUAGUGACGGGAUGGGCAGCCAUUGGCUGCUGAGGGGAGGAAGGCCACCAUAUGUAAACCACCUCUCGCGACGGAAAAUGGCCACUCUUACAGCCAUUUGUGACACACUUCUGCAGUCCAUCGACGUGUCCAGCAGCACUGAAGAUGAAUCUUUACAGAUGUUCUUCCAUGCCUCAUCGUCCGCCAAUGGAACUCCACAACAUGUGGGAGGGCAAUUUUCGGGAAAAAUGAACCAUCCAAAACUGGGUCUGGUUCAGUUGAUGCUGUGGAUCUUGUCAACUUGGUAUGGGACAUUAGUGUUCUGUGGGCCAAAGAGCCUGUCUACCCAAUUUCCAUACAUCCACAGCUUCACCCAAAUGCCUCUCGACAAGCGAGAGAAGGUCCUACUGUCUUGGUCCUUAAGCUCCUCUCGUUACCACAAGAUGCUCUUCAAGUGCAUGAAAUUUCUCACCCUCCUCAUUUACUUCGGCCUAGCUGAUGAGAAGAAUGAGAAUCCAUCGUGGAAAGCUAUUGGCUACUGCGGACCGGACCCAGAUUUCAUAAACCAAAGGAGACAAGCCCAACUACCAGAAGAGGAAGGAACAAAACAAGGAGAGGAAGCAGAAGCAGAACGUCUUGGACCCCUUCACAGAGCACUAGUCGACAUGGAAAACCCAAAAGGAAUUAUCUUAGAAAAUCUUCAGAAAGCUGGAUUCACUGUCUCAGUUCAUAAUUGCAAGGGGAAAAAUCCCUCUCCAUUGUCUCCUUUAACCAUCAGCUGUGAUGCAGUUGUCGUCGGCUCAGGUUCAGGUGGGGGGGUUGUUGCUGGAGUCCUUGCCAAAGCUGGCUACAAAGUAGUAGUCUUGGAGAAAGGCAAUUACUUCGCAAGAUGCAAUCUGUCUCUUCUAGAAGGCCCAUCAGCAGAUCAAAUGUACGAAGGAGGAGGAAUGGUCGCCACUGAAAAUUUGAGUGCCCUAUUCCUUGCAGGCUCAACAGUAGGUGGAGGCUCCGCCAUAAAUUGGUCAGCCUCGCUACGAACUCCUGAUCAUGUUAUCAGGGAGUGGUCCAAUGAGUACGACCUUGAGCUAUUUGGUAGCAAGGCUUAUAAACAAGCAUUGGAUGCUGUCUGUGAGCGGAUGGGAGUUCAAUCGGAGGUGGAAAAUGAAGGGUUCAAUAAUGCAGUGUUACGGAAAGGAUGUCUAGAAAUGGGGUACCCAGUGAGCAACAUUCCACGAAAUUCAACAUCUGAUCAUUACUGUGGGUGGUGCCAUUUAGGUUGCAAGGAUGGAAAAAAGAAGGGCACCCAAGAGACAUGGCUUGUAGAUUUAGCAGAUUCUGGUAAUGGUGUAAUCCUCCCUGGAUGCAUGGCAUUGAAAGUCUUACAUAAGAGUAAGAAGGGUAGAAAUGUUGCAACUGGGGUUGUUUUUGAAUACAUAAACAGGCGAGGAAUGAAGGAUGUAUACGUGGUGGAGUCAAAGGUCACUAUAGUUGCUUGUGGUGCAUUGAGGACGCCGCUUUUACUAAAGAAAAGUGGGUUGAAGAAUGCUCAUGUUGGAAAACACCUCCAUAUCCAUCCAACUGCAAUGGCAUGGGGUUACUUCCCAGAGACAUCAGGUUGGCCAGAAGAAGGGAAAAAGAGUUAUGAGGGUGGCAUAAUGACAGCAAUGUCUACUGUUGUUGCAAAUUUCAAGACCUCUGGCUACGGUGCAGUGAUACAGACACCGUCAUUACACCCAGGCAUGUUUGCAGGAGUCAUGCCAUGGAUUUCCGGACUUGAUAUCAAAGAAAGGAUGACCAAAUUCUCACGGACUGCGCACAUAUUUGCAUUGGCGAGGGAUAAGGGAUCAGGCAAAGUGAAUUAUCCAAAAUCACUGACUUAUAAAUUGGACGAUAUCGACGAAGAGAAUCUGCAGAGAGGACUGGAGAAGAUGCUAAGGAUAUUGGCAGCUGCAGGGGCCGAAGAAAUUGGAACACAUCACUGCAAGGGAGAGAUAUUGAACGUGAAACAAGCCAGCUCACACGAGUUUGAGAGGUUUGUAAAGCGGGAAAGUAGAAGGAGAUUGAAGGAUCUAUCGACACCAAUUUGCUCAGCCCAUCAGAUGGGGAGCUGUAGGAUGGGGGUCAGUCCGAAGCAAUCAGUAGUAAAUCAGAGAGGGGAGACGUGGGAAGUUGAAGGGCUGUUCAUUGCAGACACAAGCGUCUUUCCAACUGCUCUCGGGGUGAAUCCAAUGGUCACGGUUCAGGCCAUUGCUUACUGCACGGCACAAUCGAUUAUUGAAGUCCUCCGAAGGAAGAAAACCAUCAACUAGUGAGAACAAAUGCACCACCCCCUCUCUCUCUCUCUCUCUCUCUCUCUCUCUCUCAUAGUCUUUUCAAGUAUGUACUUUGACUUUCUAGAUUCAAAUCCAAAAACCAUUACUUACAUGUGUAGAAGUUGGUAAUGGGAAGGAUGAAGGAUACAAGAAAAACGAAGUCAUGUAGACUGGUGAAAUAGCAUAGAUGUUGGCAUAAGUGUUAAAACUAAUAUUUCCAAAUCCGGUAAAGUGCACAACAAUGUAUGAUUUAUAUGGUUUGUGAUUUGUCGUAAAUAAAAAGAUAUCAUAUCAUAUAUGUGUUCAUGUUCCAAAA